CCAACUCUCUGUCCCCGUCUUCAAUCACGGAACGAACCAGCCUCCCGGAUCCCCCCUGCGCCAGUCGCCACCGUUUCCCCUCCCCACCUCUGCGUCCGCAGCUGCUACACCUCCUUCUGGGGAAAUCAAGCACUCAGGAAGAAGAACCCUUGCAAUAUCCUGCUUCUCCCUCCUCCGCGGAGCCUCAGCUCCUUCAUUCGGUCGCCUGCAUACCGUUCAGUUCUGGUUUGCUGGGAGUCGGGGGCUUCCAUUUCUCGGAGUCUUCCAUGAGUGCGUGGAGGCUGCUGGAUCUCCGCGAGUGACCAUGAGCCAGAGUUUUGACAUCAACGUGCUUCUCAAAGAAGCAAGGGGCAGGUGGUUAAAGCCUUCUGAAGUCUACUAUAUCUUGUCGACUCAUGAGAAGCUCCAGAUCACCCAUCAGCCACCAAAUAAGCCACCCAGUGGUUCACUAUUCCUGUAUAAUCGCCGUGUGAAUCGGUUUUUCCGGAGAGAUGGUUUGGCAUGGCGAAGGAAGAAGGAUGGAAGGACUGUUGGGGAGGCUCACGAGCGAUUGAAGGUUGGAAAUAUUGAUGCUCUGAGCUGCUACUACGCUCACGGAGAGCAAAAUCCAAGUUUUCAGAGACGGUGUUUCUGGAUGCUGGAACCUGCAUACGACCAUAUUGUGCUGGUACAAUAUCUAGAAGUGUCUGAGGGACGAUAUUAUUCAUCAUUGUCAAAUGGAUCAGCAGCAUCUCUUUCGAUCUUGAGUUAUCCAAGUGACAUAUAUGGAAACCACGGCUCCACUUCGGACUUUAGUGAGGGCAGUGAAUCCCGGCAGAGCUCUGUAACUGAAGUAAGUUCCUAUUCUGGAUUAAUAGGAAAACCAAAACUUGGCCAGACUAGUCUGGAACGAAGUUCCGAAUUUUACAUGACAGAUAGUAAUGAUUCAACAAAUAAAUCUGGGUUUGACCAAGCUUUGAGGAGCAUCACUGAGCAGUUAAGUUUGGGUGAUGAUGAUGACUACAUUUACGUAAACCAAGUUACAAAUACUGAGGCUGCAGAAAGACAGGGAAAUCAGACAAGCAACAGUCCAGGUGAUGAUAAAGCAAAUCAAAUUCGACCAGAAGGAACUCAAAAUGGUGGUGGCAGGGGGAUACCACCAUCAUGGGAAAAUGUGCUGAAGUUCAAUUCAGGUUUGCCAGAGUCAUCUACAUACCAGUCUGGUGCCCACUAUCAGCAAAGUUCAGAAUAUCAGCCACCAGGAGGCCUAGAUGGCACCGAUUUGCAGAUGCAACUUUCUGCUGCUAAGAGAUUUCUUUUAGGGCCAGAAGACUCUAUUGACUCGCCAUCUUAUAACUUCAUACCAAGAGAUGAAGGAAUCAAUGGCAUUGAUACUUUUUCAGCUCAUGACAGUAGUCUUCAAAGCUAUCUGAAUUCGGACUGGACAAGAACAUCUCCUGUAGCACUUCAAAGUAAUCUGUAUCACUCUGAAAUAUCAGAGUCGUUGCUGGACCAUGGUCAGUUUGAAACAUCAUCGGGAGAGGAUAAAAGAAUAAACUUGACACCUAAGGGAAAGUUUAAUAUUCGUGAGAUCUCUCCUGAAUGGGCAUUCUGCUAUGAGAUCACAAAGGUCAUCAUUACUGGAGAUUUCUUGUGUGAUCCGUCAAAUUCAUCCUGGGCAGUAAUGUUCGGCGACAGCGAGAUGCCAGUUGAAAUUGUUCAGCCAGGUGUCCUUCGCUGCCACACACCACUACACAGUAGCGGUAAGCUCACGCUCUGUAUUACCACUGGGAAUAGAGAAGUUUGCAGUGAGGUCAAGGACUUUGAGUUCCGUGCAAAGUCAACGGCUUCUAGUUUCACAGACCUCGCGCCGCCGUCUAGAUCUAUGAAGUCUACUGAAGAGUUGUCACUUCUUGCCAAGUUCGCAAGAAUACUUCUGAGUGAUGAUGCAUCCUCUACAGUUUCGGGUGGUGAUCCUCAGGCUGGACAGAGUCCAAAACUUAAGAUUGAUGAACUUGAUGUAGGUUGUGAAAAUUCACCAAGUGUGGUUGAUUGGAUUAUGGAGGAAUUGCUGAAAAGUAAAUUACAACAUUGGUUAUCGCUGAAGCUACAAAGAAACGAUGGAACAUAUUGUUCUAUGUCCAAGCAUGAGCAAGGUAUGAUACACUUGAUUUCUGCGCUGGGCUAUGAGUGGGCACUGUCCUCAGUUCUCAGUGUUGGUGUUGGCAUAAAUUUGCGUGAUGCAAAAGGAUGGACUGCACUUCAUUGGGCUGCUUAUUUUGGAAGGGAGAAGAUGGUUGCUGCACUUCUUGCUGCUGGCGCAUCGGCUCCAGCUGUUGCCGAUCCCACUGCACAAGAUCCAGUGGGCAAAACGGCAGCUUUCCUAGCUUCUGAACAAGGACACAUGGGCCUUGCAGGCUAUCUUUCAGAAGUCUCUCUAACUAGCUAUCUUGCAUCACUGACUAUAAAAGAGAACGAUAUUACAAAAGGAUCAGCUGCAGUGGAAGCAGAGCGAGCAGUAGAGAGCAUAUCUCAGAGGAGUGCCCUACUGCAUGGAGGCACUGAAGAUGAGCUCUCGCUGAAGGACUCUCUUGCAGCCGUGAGGAAUGCAGCUCAAGCAGCAGCACGAAUUCAGAAUGCCUUCCGUGCCUUUUCUUUCAUGAAGAGACAACACAAGAAUGCUCGACUGAAGGAUGAAUAUGGGAUGACACAAGAAGAUAUAGAUGAACUUGCAGCUGCAUCAAGGUUAUACAACCAACAUCAUGUUUCAAGCGGUCAGUUUUUUGAUAAAGCAGCUGUUUCAAUUCAGAAGAAAUAUAAGGGUUGGAAAGGACGCAAAAACUUUCUGAACAUGCGCAGAAAUGUGGUAAAAAUACAGGCUCAUGUAAGAGGUCAUCAAGUGAGAAAGAAAUACAAGUUCGUAAGCACUGUUAGUGUGCUAGAGAAAGUAAUACUAAGGUGGCGUCGGAAAGGGCAUGGCUUACGUGGCUUCCGAGCUGAGCAAUCAGCAAUGACUGAAACAGAAGAGGGAGAGGAGGAAGAUGAUGAUGACUUUUAUGAUGACGAUGCAGUCAAGAUCUUCCGUCGGCAGAAGGUUGAUGAAUCUGUGCAGGAGGCUGUGUCAAGAGUGCUGUCCAUGGUAGACUCUCCUGAAGCAAGGAUGCAGUACCGCCGAAUGCUCGAGGAGGUCCGUCAGGCAACUGCUAAACUGGGUACAUCUGAUGAGGCAACAUCAUCAAUACUUAACGAUGACUUACUACUAGAAAUCAAAAAAAUUACGUGGUGAAAGAAGCAGGCAACAUCAGGAGCGCUUGUGGGACCACCUCGAAUGAUAUGAAGUAACUAGGAAUUUGGUACAGUAUGCAGCCCAGUGUACAUGAUACUGCCCAGUUUGUAGAGUGUUUGCCCGACUGUUGUAGAGUGAUGAUUCUAUCCAAGGAUGAAGGCGUGAGAGGGAUGAUCUGUCUAUUAUCUUGAAAAAGGUGAUGGUUUUACGUAGUGUCAUAUGUAAGCUAUGUAUUAACAGGGAAUGACAUGUUAUGCGCACCUUCUCUGGUUGUCUUUAACUUAAUUAUUAGUUGUCUUUAA